AUGUCAACACAUGCUAAUCACCCAUUCCAUUUAGUAGAUUAUAGCCCCUGACCAUUAACUGGAGCUAUUGGUGCUAUAACUACUGUUUCUGGAUUAGUCCAAUGAUUUCAUCAAUAUACAAUAAGAUUAUUUAUUUUAGGUAAUAUUAUUACAAUUUUAACUAUAUAUCAAUGAUGACGAGAUAUUUCUCGAGAAGGAACAUUUCAAGGAUUACAUACCUUCCCAGUAACAAUUGGUUUACGAUGAGGAAUAAUUUUAUUUAUUGUUUCUGAAGUAUUUUUUUUUAUUUCUUUUUUUUGAGCUUUUUUUCAUAGUAGCUUAUCCCCUACAAUUGAAUUAGGUAUAACAUGACCCCCAGUUGGUAUUAUAGCAUUUAAUCCUUUUCAAAUUCCAUUAUUAAAUACUGCUAUUUUAUUAGCUUCAGGAGUUACCGUAACAUGAGCACAUCACGCAUUAAUAGAAAGAAAUCACUCUCAAGGAACUCAAGGAUUAUUUUUUACUAUUGUAUUAGGAGUUUAUUUUACCAUUCUUCAAGCUUAUGAAUAUAUUGAAGCCCCAUUUACAAUCGCAGACGCAGUUUAUGGGUCAACGUUUUAUAUAGCAACAGGAUUCCACGGACUUCAUGUAUUAAUUGGAACAACAUUUUUACUAAUUUGUUUUUUACGUCAUAUUAAUUAUCAUUUUUCAAAAAAUCAUCAUUUUGGAUUUGAAGCAGCUGCUUGAUACUGACAUUUUGUAGAUGUCGUAUGAUUAUUUUUAUACAUUACUAUUUAUUGAUGAGGUAGAUA